AUGGCAGAGUCGAUUGAAGAGAUCGGCAUGGAACCCGUGGCAAGGGAUACUUCCCACGGCAGAGCGAUGAGUGUCGAGACGAGUCUUCCGACAGCGAAGCAAAGUAGCGCAGAAGCAACGCAAGCUGGCCCCCUGCCAGGGGAGGAGACAGUGACCAGGCAGAAGCAAGAAAGCGCUAGAUCUAGCCGGAGAAGCAGCGUGUCGAGCUCUGUGGCAGAAUCGAUUGAAGAGAUCGGCGUGGAACCUCUGGCAAGGGGCAGAGCGUUGAGUGUCGAGAUGGCUCCUCCGACCGCGAAGGAAAGCAGUGCAGAAGCAGCACAAGCUUGCCCUUUGCCAGGGGAGGAGCCAGUAACCAGCGAGAAGAAAGACGACAAGGAAAGUGCUAGAUCCAGCCGGAGAAGCAGUGUGUCGAGCUUUGCGGCAGAUUCGAUUGAAGAGAUCAGCAUGGAGCCCGUGGCAAGGGAUACUUCCUACGGCAGAGCGAUGAGUGUCGAGAUGAGUCUUCCGACAGCGAAGCAAAGCAGCGCAGAAGCAACGCAAGCUGGCCCCUUGCCAGGGGAGGAGACAGUGACCAGGCAGAAGCAAGAAAGCGCUAGAUCCAGCCUCAGAAGCAGCGUGUCGAGCUCUGUGGCAGAAUCGAUUGAAGAGAUCGGCGUGGAACCUCUGGCAAGGGGCAGAGCGUUGAGUGUCGAGAUGGCUCCUCCGACCGCGAAGGAAAGCAGUGCAGAAGCAGCACAAGCUGGCCCCUUGCCAGUGGCGGAGCCAGUGACCAGGGAGAAGAAAGACGAGAAGGAAAGCGCUACAUCCAGCCGGAGAAGCAGCGUGUCGAGCUUUGCGGCAGAAUCGAUUGAAGAGAUCAGCAUGGAACCCGUGGCGCGGGACAGCUCCUACGGCAGAGCGAUGAGUGUCGAAAUGGCUUUUCCGACAGCGAAGCAAAGCAGUGCAGAAGCAGCGCAAGCUGGCCCCUUGCCAUUCGAGGAGCCCGUGACCAGGCAGAAGAAAGACGAGAAGGAAAGCGCUAGAUCCAGCCGGAGAAGCAGCGUGUCUAGCUCUGUGGCAGAAUCGAUUGAAGAGAUCAGCAUGGAACCUGUGGCACACCAGGGAUAUCAGGACUUGAUGGCACCUCAGCACUUACCACGCACCGGUGGUUCACAGGAACCACGUGUUUUGUCUGGCAUAUUUGCUGAUGACCUGGAGGAGAUCAGUGUGGAGCCGGUGCUUGCCACGGGAAGGGUUGUCCAGGCCCAGAUGAGUAACACCCAGCACCAUACUUCUUUCUCCGACAAGGCGUUCGGUGCCGAAAUGGCUGCGGGGCUUUCGCUGAAGCAAGACGGCGCAGAAGAAGCACAAAGCUCCUUGGCAGGGGUGCCGCCCGCGACCAGAGAGAAGAAAGACGAGAAGGAGGGUGCUGCGAUGAGCAGCCAGAGAAGCAGCGCGUCGAGCUCUGUGGCAGAUGCAAUUGAAGAGAUCAGUAUGGAACCCGAACCCGCGACGAAACGCAUGUCGUCGGACCUGCUGGAACAUCGGCAAGCUGCGUCCAACGGUCCACUCGAGCAGCUUUUUGCAACACAGGAUUCUGGUGCUUCGACGCUUGAAAGUGUUGCGAAAUAUGAUGCUGGCUUGAACAGGUCGCAACAAGGCCGCGCAGACGGAGCCGGUAUCUCAAGCAGACAGGAAGCCAUCACAGCCCGCAGCUGCAGCAGCAGCGGGGCCAGCAGCACAGACAUGAAAUGUCCAGAGCCUGAACCUGCACCACGCAAGCAAGACACUUGCCUGCAACAUGCACUCUUUUGCCUAACUCGUUUGUACCCGCCCAUCACCAUGUUCGAACUAUCAAGGCGGCUCCUGGCGGCUGUGCACCCCAGUCCGAUGGAGACUCCUCAUACACGUACGAAGAG